CAGUGUAGAUCACGAAAAGAAAUUUCUACGCAAAAGACACACAUGCAAGGCACAGGAGGCGGUCCCGUGAUGAACCUGAGUGGUAUUGCUGAAGCGGUUUACGAUGUUUUGGGGCAUUCCAAUGUUUCCAUAAGUGGGGUUGACGGUGGCCUUGAUUCGUCAUUGAUUCAGGUCAUUGAUUUAGGCACAAGUGUGGUGCCUCAGAGUUCAACCGUCACACCCUCCACCUCUUCCACCAUGAACCACCCACCAGCAACCGUCAUCUUGGAAUCAGUUCCCUGUGGGAUAGACGAUGAUGCAGACGAUAGGAUAACGAAAAGAAGAUAUAGACAAUUGAAAAUAGAUGUUCUAGAGUUGCAGAAACAAUAUUUAAUGUUGAAAAUUAAAACAAUUAAAAAAAAGUGAAGAAUAGAAACAUAUUAUAAAUUAUCACGAAAACAAUGAUUCUCUUUAAAUGUAUGGACGGGUACAGUUUUGCCAGGCGUUAGAAAAAUCUGCAUAUAAGCUAAACAAUUCAAUGUUUCAUUUUACUGUAUGGCGGCCACCUGUCUAUGACAGCCAUGUUGAGGUUCCCCAACGUAUUUUACUAUGUGUUUUAACUUUGUAUGUCAACCACCUGCUCCACGCGGCUACCGGUCACAAUUUUCGAACUAAAAGGCGAAAAUGAACCUGUUGUCGCGGCCAUAAAAAUGCAUUGUAAAGAAAUGGAUGCAGCAGUUACCGUAAUAAAUGUUGAACUGAAAGCCGGUUCUCAACCGGAAUAUCAGCGAUUAU